AUUUGCCCACCCCUCAGAAAUACCCGGUUCAGAGAGGUGGUCGGUGCAGUCACGCGGCUCCGGCGCGAAGGUCAAGAGUGAUUCGCGGUGGUCAUGUCCGAAUCGUGGCUCUACCCCACCGUCCUGCUAUGUAUAUACGGGUUUUUCUGCAGCCUCAGGCCGUCCGAGCCUUUCAUCACCGCCUUUCUGAUGGGACCUGACAAGAACCUCACGGAGACGGAGGUUGUGAAUGAAAUCUAUCCACUAUGGACGUACUCGUACCUUAUUCUGCUGUUUCCUGUGUUCCUGGCCACGGACUACCUCUGCUACAAGCCAGUGCUCAUCCUCCAAGCAGCCAGCUUCAUAGUGACUUACACCAUGCUGGUGAAAGCCCAGGGUGUGCUCGCCAUGCAGCUCCUGGAGUUCUUCUUUGGUGUGGCCACGGCCACCGAGGUAGCGUACUACUCCUACAUCUACAGCGUAGUGGAGCCGGCCAAUUAUCAAAGGGUGACCGGUUUCUGCCGCAGCAUCACUCUGCUGGGAUCGGCUGUAGGCUCUCUUACUGGACAGCUCUUGGUGUCUGUGGCCCAGGUUCCCUAUCUUUACCUCGCCAUCAUCACCCUGGCUUCCUCUUGCCUAGCCUUUCUGGCACCGUGGUUCCUGCCAAUGCCCAGCAGGAGCCUGUUUUUCCACCGGAAAGAUAGCGUUCCCCAGGAAAGGACGGCCGAGGAGCCCGUGGAUGGUCGUGUGCUUAUUGAGAAGUCGGAAGACUCUGAAUGCAAAGUUCCCCUCAAUGUAGAUGAAAGCACUGUGGUUCUCAAGGAAAAGCAUGGUGGCAAUGGAGGUCUGAUUGAAGUUGUGAAAAUCCUUUGGGCAGAUUUUGUGGAGUGUUACUCAUGCCGUCCUCUGCUUGCCUGGUCUGUUUGGUGGGCUCUGUCCACCUGCGGCUAUUUCCAGGUGAUCAAUUAUGCUCAAGCGCUGUGGGAGAAGAUUCUGCCGUCGAAGGAGUCCGAGAUCUACAAUGGUUAUGUUGAGACCGCAUCGACUUUGCUUGGUGCGCUGGCUGCCUUCGGGGUAGGCUUUGUGAAGGUGUCUUGGGCAGUUUGGGGAGAACUGGCUCUCUGUGUUUUCUCUGUGGUCAUCGCUGUAGCUGUCUACCUCAUGGACACAGUCAGGAACAUCUGGGUGUGCUACACUUCCUAUGUUCUCUUCCGAGCGACCUACAUGUUGCUCAUCACCAUAGCAACGUACCAGAUCGCGGCCAAUCUAAACAUGAGAAGAUACGCCUUAGUGUUUGGAGUGAACACUUUCAUUGCACUUGUACUGCAAACUCUUCUUACUGUGAUUGUGGUCGACUCCGCUGGCCUGGGUCUUGACAUCUUUCCGCAGUUUCUGAUCUAUGGCAGUUACUUCGCUGCCAUAGCAGUGAUCUUCCUCAUAGCUGGCAUUUAUAAAGUGGCUACACGCCGUAGGUCUAACGGUGCCGAGGUACAGACUGAAAGUGGGGAGACGGAAACAGACUCGGCUGGUGGUGACCAUCCACUCCCUAAAGAAAGCAAUGGUAUUUCGAAGGCAUGAUUUCGGCGAUUGCACACUGUUACUGCACAGAUACGCACAAGUUUCUGCGCUGAAAAGUGGUGAUGUUUGUGAAAAGCCCCUGUCUGGAUAGUCUGAGGCUAUUAAUGUUCAGCUUGGAACAGAAGAUGGUGAAGUUAAAAGGGAGUUCCACUGAAUUUUCAGAAUUUCUGCAAAAAUUAAGUAUUGGAGAUGUAAACAAGGCCAUUCAGAGUGGUUUGAUGUAAAAUAAUUCAUUGUAGUAAAACUUUUGGACUUGGAUUUCUUUAUAGUGGUGGUGAGGAACCAGAUGUCUUCAAUGUAAAUACAGCCAAAACAACCAGUACAUCUACCUUCGUCUUCUGAAUUUUUAUAUGCAACGUUGACACUGAUAAAAUAGUGGUAAAUCCAAAAAAAAUAAUGUUUUCUUCAGAUUUUGCCUUGCAUUUACCUCUCCGCCAUGGAUGGACAUAGGUUUUGGGCCAACAUCUUAUCACAAAACUGUUUUAAAACAACCUCAUGUGCACCGGCCAGUGUAUUAAUAUCCAUUUCAUGUAAUAAGUUUUCGUGAAGAUGCUUUCAGAGGCGUUACACGCUUCAGAUGUCUGGUUCCUAUCACCACCACUGUGAACAAUUCUGACUCUAAAGCUUCUCUAAAAUUAACCAUUUCACAUCAAACCACUCCGAAUGUCUUUGUUUACAUCUUAUUCAUGGGAUUAUAAAGAAAUUCUGUAGAAAUCAGUGGAAAUUUCUUUUAAGGAUAUAGUAUGAUAUCUGUAGUAUUUCAGCAAUAACAGCCAUGAUUGUUAGUCAUCAUCUCUAAGCACACUAAUGUGGAUGUGCUCAGCACAUCCUAAGAAACACCUGUUUCUGACUUAUAGACACUUGAACAUGCGCGCAGAUCAAGCUUUAAAGAUCAUACUAGUAAUAUAUUAAGUCAUAUCUUGUAGAUAUGGAGGCUUUGAUUGUUCUUUAAAGUUAAAAACCUUUUGUUAUCAAUCAUGUAUUGUAUUGUGGUACAGUUAGCUCUCGUUUUAAAUGAGACUUUAUUCUGCCUUACAUUUGAGGUGUUUCUCCUUGAGAAUUUAGGCCGUUUUGCUACGGCAAAAAAAAACAGAACAAAUAUUAUCCCUCUUAUUCGUACAUCUAGUUAUGACAAUCCCACUUUGGCGUUCUCUAGAUCGCAGGCUGUACUCUGAUUGUGUCACAUUCCUGUAAGCCUCACCUAUUUGCCAAUCACCGAACAGUGAGUUCUUGGCUGUUGCAAUGCUGCAACUUCCACAAAUCUUGCCUUUUAUGCUGAAGAUUGCCUUUGAUCUUCAUUUAUCGAUUAUCGCACUUGACUUUGGCCUUUCCCUCGUCUUUUUUCCAACUAUACAUCAGUGUGUUUGACCACACAUGAUUUAAGUCUGUCAUAUUUCUCUUUGUGUCUUACAUUUAGCAGUGUUUUUGGUGUUUUUUUUUCUUACACAUGCCUUUUAUGGUCAGUUGGUUUAGAGCCACCCGGUACAACUAAUUCUCAUAUUUGAUAAGUCGCCUUAAGCCAAGCAGGUUAAAAGAACGGGAUAUUUCAAUUGGAUCUGCACGACUGAAACGCUUUAUCUGAUUAUAGGUUGUCUAAAUCAGUAACACGUACUGUUAUCUAAUGCAUAUCUACUGUGCAGAGGCUUUAAUAGUGUUCCAAAAUAUUACAAUGUGCUUUAAUUGCACUUUCAUAAUGACACCAAAAUAAACUGAUUUGAAGACAGUUGCGUAUUUAACUGUAAGUAGUUACCAAGUAAGAUAAAUAUUUGUCGCUAAAAACUGGAAAAGCACAUUGUAUGUGCAUGUAUGUUAUGCGAUGCAAAAACUCUCCAACCAGCAGUACUUAUAACAUGAAAACUACUUGUAUUUUACUCUAAAGUUAAUAUAUGAUAAUAUAACAGUUGUAAGGUAGAAGCGGUGAAGUAGACUAUUUUCUUGACUGUGGUAUUUGUCUGGUAUUAAAUGCUAUAUGGUUCUGUCUUGCCUUUGUAAUGAGUCUGGAACAAAGAUCUUGGUUUGUUUUUGGUUUUUAUUUAAUUCUUCAAAAACUACAAUGUUAUAUAAAACUGUUGGUCAGUUUUAGCCCAACAAAUCAAGGAAAACUGGCACACUUCGAGACUGCUUAGACCUCCAUAAGAACAGGUACACUAAAGAAAUACAAUAAAAACACAGUUUAUUCAUCACUAUUUAGACAAAGUGAGUUCAUUAGAACUGUCACAGAUGAAUUUUACAUUUACUGGAGUCUAUAGUUGACCAUUAUUGUAUAAUGGUUUUAUACAUAAAUGCCUUUGUUCUGCUGAAGCUUUCUGUGUAUCUUUCAAUGUGAAAUCUUGUUUAAUGCAUCACCAAACUAUGAAUUAGAUUUAUUUCUGCACUGUAAAUGCAGAAAUAAACUAACUAAGUUAUGAUUUAAAUUAUGUAGUUCCAAAAAUGUAUAUGUAUAUUUAGGAAUGUUUUUAUAUUUACUUUCAGUUUUAAUGUCUAUAUAACUCAUGAGUUACAAAUUAACAGUAAAAUUAUUUUUUCCACUACGAUAUUUUUCCAUUAAUAAACGAAGUUAAAACUUCA